AUGCUUUUCCAAGAACUCUGGAAGGCGAAGAUAGAUUGGGACUCCAAACUUCCAGAGGAGAUAUCGAAGACAUGGAACCUCUGGCUUAAGGAGCUGCCCGAUCUACAUAUGAUCUCAGUGGAAAGAUGUGUGCUUCCAACCGAAGGGUCUUUGUACACUUAUGAAAUGCACUUCUUCACGAAUGCUAGUCCGCAGGCAUAUGGAGCAUGCGCCCUUCUACGGAGCACGAGUGAGAUUGGAGAAACAAAGGUAUCCCUGCUGUUUUCAAAGUCACGAGUAGCACCACUCCAGAAGAUCACUUUGCCCAGGCUGGAACUAAUGGGGGCCCUGAUAGGAGUGCGAAUCGCCAAGUUCCUGAGUCAAGCGCUGUCUUUGUCGAACCUUGAGACGACAUUCUGGACCGUCUCCACCAUUACGCUAAGCUGGAUCCCAGGUGACUCAACGAGGUGGAAACCCUUCGUGAGGAACAGAGUGGCAGAGAUCCAGGCGAAUAGCCGUCAGCAGCAGUGGAGGCAUUGCCCUGGCUGCGAUAACCCAGCGGACGCCUUAACAAGGGGACUCACCGUCAGGUCAUUACGUCAGAACACACAGUGGUUUGAAGGACCAGGGUGGCUUUCCCAUCCACGCACAGUUUGGCCAAAGCCUUGCGGUGAAGAAGAUGCGGACUUAGAGAGCGUCGAGGAAGAAAAGCUGACAGCCGCACUAGUGAUUGCAGGUGAUUUAAAGGGGCCUUCUCCUCUAUUCGAGCUUUCUAAGUACAGCAGUUACAACCGCGUUGUGCGGGUCACCGCAUGGAUAAGAAGAUUUGUGUGGAAUUGCCGCACUAAUGUAAAAAAAAAAAACAAGGGGGCGCUUACUGCAUCUGAAGUGGCGGAGUCCGAGAUGUUAUGGGUGAGACAUGUGCAGCGUGAAGUUUACCCCGAAGAGACGUUCGCACUCAGUCGCAACGAGCAAAUUGCCAAAUCAUCCAAGCUUCUGAGGCUGAAUCCGUUUCUCGAUGAAAAUAGAGUGAUGCGGCUUACGGGCAGACUACAGUGCUCGGACAACACUGAAGAUAUCAAGCAUCCCAUUCUGCUACCAAAGAAGCACACGCUAUCCAAGCUGAUUGUUCGGAACGCACAUGAACUAACGCUACAUGGAGGAGUACAACUGACAUUGUCGACCUUGCGAGAGAAGUGGUGGAUAGUCCAGGCCAGGCAGAUUGUGAAGUCGAUUAUACACGACUGCACGGUGUGCGUAAGGUUUCGUGCUGCUCGAAUCACAGCGCCAACUGCGCCUUUGCCAGACGUUCGGACAAACCCGACUCACCCCUUUGAGACCACAGGUGUCGACUUUGCGGGACCGUUGUACAUCAAAGCUAGUAAAGGUUACGAAUCCUCCUCUAAGUCAUAUAUCCUCCUCUUCCCAUGUGCCACGACGAGAUCGAUUCAUCUCGAGUUAGUGACCGAUACAACGGCGAAAGCGUUCCUCAUGGCGUUCCGACGAUUUAUAUCCGACGAUAAGAGGAACUCCUUCUAUCAUAUACAGUGA